AUGGAGUUCAUCACGGCCCUCAGGGGCACCUUCGACGGCCAGAAGCCCUCGCUUUUCGAGGUUCUCUCCGAGCAGCAGCUCAACAGCCUGCUACCGCCGACGCUGCGAUACCUCCUGACCGUCGCCACGCACCGCCAUCCGCGAUACCUGCUCCGAAUCCUCAACUCCUUCGACGAGCUCUACGCGCUGCUGAUGCUGGCCGUCGAGCGCCACUACCUGCGCACCCGAGGCGGCUCCUUUACAGAGAACUUUUACGGCCUGAAACGCGAAAAGGCGCUUCACGGCGAGAUCCCGAGGGCGAGCCUUGCCGCGCCGCACUUGGUCCGCGAGACGCUCAAGCUCACCACCAGGGAUGUGUGGCAGAACUUGGCCGUGCUGGUCGGCGUGCCGUAUCUCAAGCGGAAGCUGGACGAGUCGUACGAGAUCAACGCUCCCCGAGCGCUGCUGGGCGCGGCAUACACGCGGAUGCCCGAGAAUCCGACUAUGCGCGAUCGAUUCAUGCACUACUACAGGUGGUUUCUGCGCAACAUUUAUCCGCAUGUCAACGCGGCCUACUGCUUUGCCAUGCUUGCAUUUAACCUUGCCUACCUGUUCGAUCGUACCAAAUACCAUAACCCGCUGAUGUGGCUCAUCGGCACAAGGAUACGGAGGAUGACUAUGGCCGACUACCAGGCCAUUGACAAGCUCUCCGAGUCGGCGAGCAACGGUGCCAAGCCCGGCCCGCGGUCUCUGCUGUCGACGCCCAAGGAGCUGGCGUCUAGGGCCAUGUCCAGCCUCUCUCUGUUGCUGCCCAUGAGUAUUUUCGCACUCAAGUUCCUCGAGUGGUGGUACCAGUCAGACUUUGCGAAGCAGCUGUCGCGAAAGGCAGCUGAGAGCAUCGAGUUGCCUCCCCCCAUUGUGUCUGGCAAGGGUUCUUUUGGCCAGAAAAAGAAGGAUGAUAAGUCUGAGGAAGAGGAAUCAAAAGACCUGGCCAUUACGGAGAAGGAGGCGCCGAUUGCAACACCGUCCAUGCUCCCCAUCUUCGUCGUUCGUUUUCCCGAGGACUCGUCCCUAUGUCCCAUUUGCGAGGGUGAAAUUGUCACCCCGACGGUUUGCCAGACGGGUGUUGUCUACUGCUAUACGUGCAUACACCGAUGGAUCGAGGGCAUGCACCCCAAGCAGGAGGAAUUCAUGGAAGACCGCGACGGCAAGUGGGAGAGCGGCCAGGGGCGAUGCGCUGUUACUGGGAAACGCGUGCUCGGCGGCACAGAAGGCCUGAGAAGGAUCAUUGUAUAA